ACUUUCAGUUUCUACUCAGUGUACUUUGUACUUCAGAAGAAAGACUGUAGUUUCUGUCUAGUUUUGUGAGAUCAGAUCUAAAAAGGAGAACAGACGGUCUACUGGACACACAAAAGAGAGGGUUGUUCCACCCUCCUACAACAGCAACAGCAUCUUGUAGUGUUUGGGUUGAAAAGAGAACUGCUGCUUCUCAUCGUGCUGACUGAUCUUUAAGCAAAGAGUUCCUCUUUUCGGUGAAAACAAAACCCCAGUAGGCUUACAGGAAAUGACACAUCGAACUUGUUUUUUGUGUCUAUUCCUUUCUUUCUUAGCCAUGAUCAGUGCAGAGGAAACAGAAAGGGGUUCAUGCUACCGGAUAGCUACUGGAGCGCUCGCCGGUGUGGUGUUUGGUGACAUCACACUUACGAUACUGAUUGUCGCUGCUACAUAUUACUGUGCUAGUAAGCGCAGAAUCAAGAAGGAAAAGGCUGAUAAAGUCUACAUGAAUGUCAGAGCCAACUGCAAGAACUAAAAGGGAUUGAAGAGGAUGAAGAACUGAAAUCAACUCUGCCAAAAAAAAACAGCUUGUGUGUUCACACUCUUACUUUUUACACCAUAAAUUUAUAUUUAUACACCAUAUUUAUUUGUGCUGUAUAAAUCUGUUUAGCAAAAUCUUCAACUACUUUUUCUUCAUCCAACAAUUAAAGUAGCUAGAUGUCUUCGUGUUAUUUAUAGUUCAUGUAUUAAAUGUUACCCAAUGUUUUGAGUGAUUCUCAGUCACUAUUAUUAGUUAAAAAGGAAUUUUAUUUAAUUCUAUUGGUCUGUAUUGAAGCUAAAUGUUUAAUGCACACAUCAUACGAGUGUAUAAUAAAGAAAAGAGAUUUCAGGGAAAUUUCUUAGGCAACUAAAUUUAACUAAAUUUGUCUUCAGGUUUUUUGACCAAAUUAUUAACACAACUAUUAACAACAAUACUUUGCAUCAUACAAAACUAUACAAAACUCUUCAAUAACCGUCGUGAACCUUAUGUGCACUGAAUCUUGAUGUUUACUAACGUUUUUUUAACUGACGGAACCACCACGGCUUUGUAAAUGCUCUUUUCCCAGAGCAUAAAGAGCUUUUUUAGAACCUGGCAGUCAAAAAGUCCAACUAGCUAUGGCCCAAACGCCUGGUCCAUCUAAAGUCUCUCUCAUUUUAUCUGUCAGUAAAACCGACAGAUCUUUAAGAAAUCAGACAUCAUGUAUCAUUAUUCAUAGGUGGUCAAGUUUCACUCUUGACACCUUGAACUUCUGGACACUCCUGGAAGCUUGCAGGUCUAAAAUAUGGUGGUGUCGGAGACUAACAGAUUCCUUUUAGUCAAUGGAAAGUCUUUUGAUGUCAACUUGCACCCUUUCUACUCCACGAGUUUUUGCGUCCCAGUCGUGUAUUCAUAACAAAGUUUGCCUGUCCAUUUUCCUUUUGUAAAGAUGCCACCUGAUAAUUAUGUACACCUCAUACAGGUGUUACUCACUUAAAACAACACAGUUUAAAUAAAUUGAAGCUUCUGUACAUUUGCGCCAUGUGAAUCAUUUUACGCUCAUGAAUAAAUGUAUUUCGAUCACAUUUUGUUUUUCGCCCUUUUUUUCAUCCGUAGUACAGUGUGAUAAGCCGAUGUCAUCGUUUACCAAAAAAUCACUGUAUCUGUUUAAAGUAUGUAACAUUACACCAACAAUACAAGAAUUACUUUUGUAAAAAUGUACAUUACUGUUUAAAACAAGUUGGGGAUUAACUGCGUAUAGCUAUAUUUUAUUUCGCACACAAUCAACAUGUACAUGCAGUAGUAGUAACAAAUUUAUUGUGCUGGUUGAAAUGAUCUUGUACAUUAUUUCCCUGAUAAAACAAAAUAAAGCUAAUCUGAUUAUAAAACUGUGA